CAUUUUGAAGCUUACCUCAAACGUACGGAACCAUUUUUGUUAUUUUCUCUGUAAUUGUCGGUUUACAGAUUCAAGAAAAUACACUAGUCAGAUAGGUCAAUAGAGGUUUGUGUCAAAGCAACGGUGUAAAUUUCUCCUCCAAAUCCAAAUGCAACCAUGGCCAUGAGCAAAGCUGAAACCUUACCUCAAGAAAUUAUAAUUGACAUACUUUCCUUGCUGCCUACAAAAUACAUAGGCCAAUACAGGUAUGUGUCAAAGCAAUGGUGUAAUUUUCUGUCAGACCCACAAUUCAUCAAAUUUCACCUCACUAUCCAUGCCCAUAAGCAAGAAAAGAAACUCAUUUUUAUCUCUCACUCUCAUGCUCUCCACACUAUCAUGUUUAACCAUAAUGGAACUGAUGUCACUUCAAGAAAGCUUAAUUUUCAGGGGCUCUCACACAAUUGGGUAAGAGUUGUUGGCUCCUGUAAUGGCUUGGUUUUGGUAGUGAAUGAGGAAAAUAUUAUAUUUUUAAUCAACCCCACAACCUUAAAGUACCAUAGAAUUCCAAACUUUGAUUUGGCUAUUCCCAAGCUUGAUAGUUGUAGUGUGUAUGGUCUAGGGUAUGAUUUGGUUAGUGAUGAUUGUAAGGUGGUUACUCUUUCUCGUUAUCGAGGGCGUAUUGACAGUACUUUUGUUGAUGUCUACUCUUUGAGAAUGGGACUAUGGAGGAGACUUGAGAGUUUACCUCAUUAUCGCGCAGUUCGUAUGCGCGCUUCUGGGGUAUUGGUAAAUGGGCCUUUGCGUUGGUUGGCUAGGAAAGCUCCUGAUUUUUCAUAUGUAAUUGUUGCUUUUGAUUUAAGUACUGAGAAAUUUUUGGAGGUGCCAACACCUACUACUCUUGAUAACAAUAAUUUAUUGUUUAAUAAGCUUUCGGCUCUUAGAGGGUGUCUUUGUAUGUUAUAUGAUACAUUAGAAAAUGAAAUUGAUAUUUGGAUGAUGAGGGAGUAUCGAGUUGAGGAAUCUUGGACCAGAUUUAGAGUUGCUAGAAUGGGUAUUGAGUAUGGAUUGGUACCAUUUUGUACAAUCAGUGAUGACGAUAUUGUAUUGAAUGUGGAUAGAGAGAAGUUGACUGUCUACAACAUGAAAGAGGAUCAGUGGAGAGAUAUGAAGGUUGAUGGAAUAACUGCUAAGUUUGAAAGGACUGAAACUUUCAUCGAGAGUCUUGUUUCUCCUAUGUUUGGCAAAUAGCAAGUGAACUGAGAGUUACCAUAUUGCAUAAUUCUGAGAUGAUGUUGUACUCAGGAACACUGUGGUAGCAAUCUUGAUAGGUAAUAGUAUCAGCAGUAUUAUGAAGGCAUUGCUCGAGGUGCUGCUGAGGAACUGAGGGACCUUUUCGAGCGCAGGAUAGGUCAUUGAGAGAUAGAGCUAGCCUAUUCGUUAUGAGAAAAUAGAAAGAGUUCGUUGUAUCAAACUAUCAACAAAGUGUAUUAGUCAAAAACGCUUACUUAAGCUCAUCGAUGUGUACUCCUAGGCUGUGAAAUAGAGCGCAGACUAGGAAUUGAAUCACCGCUAAUCGCUUUUGGUCCCAAAUCUUUGGGGUUGCUUUUUCCUAGAACUUGCACGAGGUAUCACAGUGGGGCCUGUCUUCAGUCCGGUUCUUGGGUUC